AUGGGACCCGAUGGUUACCUUCGAAGGUGGUAUUCUUUGUUCAGAAGAAUGAACAUUAGAAAUAGUACCUCUAAAAUGAAAGAGAAGCCUGCUAAUGGGGGAUCCGAUGGCAUACACACUGCGAUCAUUCGCCGUUCUCGUGCUAAAAGAAAACUAAAUAUGUUGACGAUAUUUGGGCUAAUUUGUAUUAUUAUUAUCACUAUAUCUAAUUUUGUUACGAAUUUUAGAGGUUCGGAUGCUCCAAUGUGCAAAUCCAUUUACAUGUAUCCUUCGUAUGCUAAAAUUGAUGGCUUUGAUACUAGACACAGCAGACUUGCUAGGAAAUAUCACUUGUAUCUAUAUAGAGAGCAGCAGAAAGACAGGGAUCCAAUUUUGGGUAGUGACAUUCAAUUAGAUGGUAUCCCGGUAUUAUUCAUUCCUGGUAAUGCGGGUAGUUACAGGCAGGUAAGAUCUAUUGCUGCUGCCUCGGCAAACUUGUACUUCGGUGACGACAAACAUAAAAUUACCAACGAUAAAGCUAAGAACUUAGAUUUCUUUACGGCUGACUUUAACGAGGAUUUUACUGCAUUUCAUGGCCGAACUAUGCUAGAUCAAGCAGAAUAUUGUAAUGACGCAAUUCGCUACAUCCUGUCUCUUUAUUCGCGAAGCAGUUCGUAUAAGACCUCUAUGGAACCACUUCCAGCAUCAGUUAUUGUAAUUGGACAUUCAAUGGGUGGUAUUGUUGCAAGAGUCAUGACGACAUUAAAAAAUCAUGACGAAGGAAGUAUCAAUUCCAUUAUUACUAUGUCUUCUCCACACUCUACAUCUCCUGUGACUUUUGACGGUGAAAUUUUAAAGAUUUAUGAACGAAUAAAUAGUUAUUGGAGAGCCCAGUUCCAGGAUAAGGAUUCUUACUAUUCUAAGCAUAUGUCUAUUAUCUCGAUUACAGGGGGGGUGCUGGAUACUGUGUUGCCCGCCGAUUACACUUCAAUUGAAAGUAUUGUCCCUUAUGAAAACGGUUUCACCACAUAUACAACAACGAUCCCAAGAGUUUGGACGCCGAUAGAUCAUCUUGCUAUUGUCUGGUGUGACCAAUUACGAAAAGUCAUUGCAGCAUUAUUGACUGAAAUGGUAGACUACAGUACGCCAUAUAAGACUCAUAGCUUGGAGAAGCGUAUAGAAUUAUCAAAGCGAUAUCUUCUUUCCGGAAUUACAGAUGCAUCAUCGCAAGAUCUUCUUGUUCGACUGUUCGAAAGUAAGACGGCCGUUGGCGUUGAUUUUACUCAUGAAAGUCGAUCCAUUGACUCCAGUGGCUCACUUAUAAUUAAUGCUACCACAUAUCAUGACGCUUCCAAAUAUACUGUAUUCCGUAUUAACUCUCAUAAAGAGCAGAAAACGUUUUCCAUUUUAACGAAUUUAGACAAUCCCGAUAUUUUGGCUUGUAAGGAAGGUAGCUCAAAUAAAAAUGACAGCACAGAUGAGAAUGGCACUACGACUACUUGUAAGUCAAUAUCUAACUACCUGAAUAUUAUUCCAGCCUCAUUUGCCGACUCUGAUACACUGGAAUCUGAAGUUGCUAUCUAUAAAUACAUGCAACUUAAUGCUACUGUGGUGGCCAAAUUUGACACUAUUGUUGUUGCUAAACCAGAAAAAUACGAACCAAAUGAUUCUUCUUUCUUAAUAGCCGAACUGACAUCGCAGCAAUCAACUUACACCUACAACAUUAGUCUAUUUAAGAUGCCAUUUACAGGAUUGAAAUUUCGUCACGAUAGUACUGUUGGCCCAUUAGUACCAACGGUACGCCUUCCAAAACAAAUCAGCUCUUUAAUAGCAUAUUCUUUGACUUCCACUUACUCUUCUGGGCAAAAAAUGUUCCAGCCGUUUUUGUCUCAGUCAAUUAUUCAACCAUUUGAAACUAAAUGGCACCUAAACCUAAGCGAACCAGUUGAUAUAACUUUCCAUAAUGAAGCUCCAUUCGUUCCAUUUAGUUCUAAUCAUGAUAGCUCUCUACUGCUUACGAUUUUUGCACCUCCUUAUACAGAUAUGGAAUUUAAAUUAACUAUCAAUUGGUUGAUGACAAUGAAGCUGCUGUUUCUCAGGUACAGAUUAGCUAUUGUUUCUUUGCCUAUUGCAUUGGUGGCUCUUAACCUUGCAUAUCAAUUUUAUCAUUACAAUAAAGGAGGAGAGUUCAUCAGUUUUGAUACCUCAUUAGGCUUGUUGGUGUACAAUCACUGGAAGAAAAUUCUGCUUGUAAAAUGUCUAUUGACACCUUUGGUGACAAUUGCCUUUGUUCAAAAACUCCUAUUCCUAUUGGAUCCUGCUGGAAUGGAUAAUCCACUGUUACUACAUGAAAAAGGCAUUGUAUCGAGUAUUUAUUACCUUGGCAUUCGUGAAAUAUUUAUGUUAUGGCUAGGCCCUAUGUUCUUUCCAAUGGCAUUAUUAGUAGUUCGCUUAGUCUAUGGAAUUAUAAAACUAUUGGAAUUUGCCUUUUCAAAAAGUUAUGGAGUGCUACUACUAUUAUUGUCGAGAUUUAAUAUUUUCAGAAGGUAUAUUGCUGCAGAGGAGCACCGAAAGUUUAAACUGCGCCAAUUGUUUGGUAUAUGCUUUAUGACAGCUGGUGUUAUAUUUUAUAUUCCAUACCAGUUUGCGUUUGUUCUAAUAUCUUUGGUGCAGCUUGUUACAUGUUUAAAACUGGCGCUACCUACUAAAAGUACAAAGGAACAUAAUAAUUUGAAGAAUUAUAAUAGAUCAAUUCUGAUGAUGUUUAUUUUCUUGCUUCCAAUACACAUCCCCAUAGUGAUUGUUUUCUUUCAUAACCUUGCCAUAAGAUGGGAGACUCCUUUUAAUUCGCAUCACAACUUCCUCGCAGUUCUGCCACUUCUUCUUCUAGUAACGAGCAACUCAGGACUUAAUAUGCCUCGUUCAUAUUCCAAUGAGAAAUAUGUUGGGAAGGUGACAAUUUUCUCUUUCAUUUAUCUCAGCCUUUACAGUAUUAUCUUUGGCAUAAGGAACAUUUAUUGGCUCUACCAUUUAUUUGUGACCAUCUCUGGAUGGCUUUAUUUCACAACACUAAAUAUUUCACUUCAUGAUGAUUGA